UCUUUCACUUUGAAAACUAGCCGUUACUAUCAAAUCCUCUAUCCCCCAUUUCUCUCUCUCUAAAAUCAAAUCCUCCAAGAUCUUCAAGAACCUUGCCAUUUUCUUGCUCCAUAUUUUCUCCCUCUUUCUCUUUCUUUUUCUGAACAAAUCAAUUAGCAGAUUCACUUCCAAACCCAUCAUUCAAACUCUCUGAGAAAUCGAAAUCCAUGGCUUUGCCUUCAAACAAAGCUUCUGCCUCAACGAUAAUGUCUGGCAGGCCAAACUCAAGUGCAAGAAACUCGGAAACCAGCAACCCCAUCAGAAGGAGUUUCAGUGGGAACCCAUUUACGAAACCCUCAGUUGUUAUCAACCCAAGAGGGUUCAAUCCCAAUACUCCGGCUAAUAGCCCUUCAGAUUUUCAUCGAAGAAACUCUAUAGGGAAAGAUCAAGGGGACAAAGAAAAUACAAAAGAUCACAAUCUUAAGCCUGGAAGAGUCAGAUCUCCUGCAGUUGCUUCAAAGGGCACAAAGAAUUUCAUGUCUCCAACCAUCUCGGCGGCUUCCAAGAUCACCCCAUCUCCAAAAAAGAAGAUAUUGGUCGAGAGGAACGAGCCAGCUCGAACUUCUCUUUCAUUCUCUACUGAGAAAAGCCCGUGCCGGUCUGUGAGAUUCUCGGAUAUAGUGGAAGACAUUAAUUCAAAGGCAGAUGCUAGUUUGGAAGAGAACAAGACUGAGGCCUCGGAUGACAAGGAGGCAAGUCUUACAGCUUCUUCAAUUUCAGAAGCUUUGAGAUGUGAGGAAGUACUUGAUCCUGAGGUAACUGUGAGUUCCAAGAUUGACUCAAAAUCUUUACCUGAGACUGUUACUGAUGAACCAGAUUGUGUUAAUCUUGACCCAACUUUCAAGAUUAGUCCUACUUCUUCGUGUUCGUGGUCGUGUCCUAUAUUAGCACCUCUUGAUGCAGACCCUUCAUUGCCUCCUUAUGAUCCUAAAACCAAUUACCUUUCGCCUAGGCCACAGUUUCUUCACUACAGACCAAAUCCUCGAAUUGAGGUUUAUCUCAACAAGGAUGAUGGAAGGCGACUUGAGGAGAGCUUCAUUUCUGGAAGCUUUUCAGACACUGAUGCUACGGAAGAGGCACAAUCUGACUACUCACAGAAAGAAAGUGAGGAUGUUUCUUCGGUUGAGAUAUUAAAAGAAGAGGAGGAAGAAGAAGAAGAAGAAGAAGAAGAGGUUGAUGUUUCUGAACCGAGCCCAAUUAGUACUCAUUUGCCAAAAGAGGAGGAAGAAGAAGAAGAAGAAAAAGAGGUCGAUGUUUCUGAACCGAGCCCAAUUAGUACUCAUUUGCCAAAAGAGGAGGAGACAAUGAAAGCAAAAGGGGGUUCUAAGCUACACUUCUUUACGAGAUCAAAGUUCAUGGUGCUGCUUCUGGUUCUGUCAGUUGCUUGUUUAUCAGUCUCAGUUACUAAUUCUCCUGUCAUUGAUCCCUCUGUGCUUAAGGAGUCUAGCUUCAUUAAGAUUUAUGAUUCAUAUGAGAUUGCUGAAUUUGCAAAAGCAAAUUUGGAUGGCUUAGCUCAAAAUUUUCGGCUGUGGUAUGCUAAUUCUAUCUCCUUUGUUUCUGAGCUGAUUUUGAGUUUCAAAGGAGUACCUAUUUCGGGUCCUCUGCAUUACUGUAACUUGACCGUGUUGCACGAGGAUAGUCCUGUUGAUGGCUACCUUGUGUUUGAUCACAGUCCUAAAGGAACGGGAGAGAAGUUUGAAAAUAUUAACCUAUUGGGAUCAAUGAGGGAGAGUGAAGAUGAUAUGGAAUCACUAGAAGAGGAGGAUCAGCAUGAGAUUGAAGCAGAUGAAGAUUCUGUUGGGGAAGUUUUAAAGGGUCUUGAUGAUCCAGAAUAUGAAGAAGUAAGCCAAGAGAUUGAAGAGGUUUCAGCAGAGCAUGGGGAAGUGCUUCCAGCACUAGAGGCUGAGGUCAUUCAAACAGAGAAGUCCGAGGAAGAGGUUGGUUUUACUGUUCACCUCGACAGUGAGCAGCAAAGCAAUUUAAUCUACAUUGAACAGCCAGUUAUGGUUCCAAUGGCUGAUGAAAUUCAACCUCAAGUUUCUGAAGCUGGGGAAAUCCAAGGUGAAUGUGAGAAGACUUCUUUUGAUGAAAUGGAGUCUGCAAAAGGAGACUUGAAUCCCGAAAGCCCAGAAUUUGAUGCUUCAGCCAAGAAUCUACAGAGUUCAGAAGAUGGGGAGUUCACACUUAAUGGAACAAAAGAAACAAUUUUCAGAGGGAAGGUGAAGGGAAUUACUUUUCUGUUAUUGACCGUAAUUGCAGCUGCUGGUUUCAUAUAUGUGAGGAAAAGCAAAAAUGUAAGACCAAAUGCUUCUAUCAAUGUAGAGCAGCCACUUUUGGCUAAGAAAUUGGACUUCAGUCCAAUGUCACUUGAGAGACCGUCUUCUCGGAAUUGGCCAACUGAGGUUGACAUGGUUGGAGAGUCAUGUCCUUCUGAAAUGAGCAGCUUACAGAGGAGCCCAUCUUACAGCAAGAAAAAUGAAGCUCAGAGCCAAGAGAGGAGGGCCAGGAAGAACUAUAAGAGAGAAUCACUAGCCUCUUCUUCUGACUACUCCAUGGCUUCACAUUCUUAUGGAAGUUUUACUACUUACGAGAAAAUUCCUACCAAGCAUCAGGGACAUGUAGCAGACGAGGAGACUAUUACUCCAGUGAGACGCUCAAGUAGGAUCAGAAGCCAAGUCACUUCUCCGUGAUGACCCAGCCAAGUUCUAUUUUAGUUUCUAAUUCUCCCCAUUGCAAAGCGAAGCAAUCAUUUGUGAAUAAGCCACUAAUUAGUUGCUUUGUUAGUUUGACUGGUUGAAAAAUUUGUUAUUGGUACUGCACUGAUUAGUAGUUCUCUAAUUGACUAUUAAUUUCAGAUUCUUCUGAUUUUUAAUCCAAUCCUCUUUGUAUUUCCACUA